CUGUUCAUAAAUCAUAAAUGUCGGAAGUCCGAGCCCUUCAAAGUAGACUGCCACUCGCAAGAUUAUUCACAGUAUGAUCUUUGAGUCGUAAUGUCUACCAUCAACCAGGAAUUUUUCAGAUAUCUGACAGUAUUGGCUAUGUGUAGCAUGGCCUUUGCUGAUAACGGUAACGGGGUGGUCGUCACCGCUAGGUCUAGCGACGACUGCCAAGUAACGCCCGUCAUCCAUGUCCUACAGUACCCAGGAUGUGUACCUAAGCCAAUACCAUCAUUUGCAUGUACAGGUCGCUGCAGCAGCUACCUACAAGUUUCUGGGUCUAAAAUAUGGCAAAUGGAAAGGUCUUGCAUGUGUUGUCAGGAGAGUGGGGAACGAGAAGCUUCGGUAUCGCUCUUUUGUCCAAAAGCCAAACAAGGCGAAAAGAAAUUUAGAAAGGUAACUACAAAAGCUCCACUGGAAUGCAUGUGCCGCCCUUGUACAGGUAUUGAAGAAAGUGCGGUGAUUCCUCAAGAAAUGUCCAACUAUGCCGCCGAUGAGCCACCAAUCAACGGACAUUUUUCUAAAUCUAUUUAAAUUAUUAAUCAAUGAAUAAAGUGUUUAUAUUACUUUCAUUUUUA